AUGGCAACGCCGAACCGAACCUCCCCGACAGAACCGGCACCGCCUCUCGCCCCGGGUUUGGUUCCGGUGGCCCAAGGGAGGGGUGGGGAGGCAUCACCGAGGGGUGCGGGACCCAGAGCGCCCAGAGCUGUGCCCGGGCAGGGGGUGUGGGGUUGGGGGCAUUGCUGGGGGGAGAGCGGGUAUCGCUGUGUGAUGGAAAGUGCUGGGGAGAGAGGUUUUGGGGGUGGAAGCUGCAAUCCUGAGGUGGUCUGUGAAAAGCAUCUGUUGAGAGGGAAGCUGCCAGAGGGCCUUGCUCAGCUGGCCUGUGGUCACCAUCACUGGGCUUUCCCCUGGCACCCAAAGGAGUUGUGUGUCUGGAGCACAGAGGCUGCACAGCCACUCCGUUUGUCAGGACAUCCUGACUCCAUUUCUGCAGUGUCCUUUGGAAGCAGAACCAGCCCAGUCCUUGUCUGCUCUGCUUCCCCUCAGCGUGUGGUGGUGUGGGAACUGGAGCGAUGCACAGAGGAGCUGCAGAGAGGUCUGACCCCCCGGGGCACUCUGAUCGGAGCAGGGUUGGGGUUUGUGCCCCACUUGAGGUUCAGCCCCAAUGAGCAGCACGUGGCAGCCUGUGCUGGGAACGGGAUCUACAUCCUGAGUGCCCAGACUGAAUCCAUCCUGCAGAAGCGUGGGCACCAGGCUCCGGUCACUGCUGCUGAGUUCUGCACCUGGGAGAGAAGUGUUGUGGUGUCUGUGGCAGAGGACAGAACCUUCAAGGUAUGGGACUACUUUACUGAGCAGUUAAUUUAUCAGUCAGGAGUGCUAACAGUGAAAGUAGUUGCAGUAGUUAGUUGGUUAUCAACGUGUUCUUUACUGACUAAUUCUCCAUUGUGUAAAGGUUUAAAGAAAAAGGUGAAAGAAUCUACAAACAAAAGACUUGGAGUGAAAAGCACAGUGCAAGAUCAGCCAUUGGUUUUCCAUCAGAAAAUCAAGUCAUCAGGUUAUACAGCAGCACCACAAAUGACAAUGUUUUCACCAAAGAAUAACCUGAAGAAAAAUGAAGUAGCAAAGUGCAAGACCAGCUGUAAAAAUAAAAAUAAAGAAUAUCCAAUGGAAAGUUCACCUCCAAUCAAAUCUGAAAAAGUGAUCCCUGUGACAUGUAAACCAACUCCAGUUUUUUGCAUUCAGUAUUCUGGAGAUGGAGAGAUGCUGGCUUGUGGCCUGGCUGACACAACUCUGUUAGUUUUCAAUUCCAAUCUCACUGAUACAUGUAAUGUUUUUUCAGGUCAUGAUGGUGCAGUUAGCUCUGUUGGCUGGAGUCAUGACAAGAAGUGGAUAAUUUCUGCCUCAGAAGACAGAACUGUCAGGAUCUGGUCAAUCUGCAGUAAUGAACCUGCCCUAAUUCUGGGCAAAGAAAUGUUCCCUAAAAGUGUACGUUUUGCCCAGUUUUUUUUUAUGGAUGCAUUUAUAUUGCUGUGUUGUGGAGCUGAAUUCCAUCUCUUGAGUCUGAACCUGGACACAACCAAGGAUGAGCUCAAAAGAUACAAACAGAGGAGUGUUUGCAAAUUGGUUCAGAAAUUUUCUAUGGCUUCUACAGUGGAGAUCACCAGCCUUUCAGCAGUCAAUGAUUUCUACUCUUAUGUUGUCCUCACAGCUGGCAGCAACAGAGCCUUGGAAGUUUUUGACCUCAAUGCAGGCUGCAGCACAGCAGUGAUCCCAGAAAUUCACCCUAAAUCAGCUCAUCAGAUCUGCCAGAAUAAGGGCUCAGCAUUCAGCUCUCAGCAGCCUGGAGCUUACAACCUUUUCAUGACCACAGCUGCAGGUGAUGGCAUCAAGCUGUGGGAUUUAAGAACCCUGAGGUGUGAACGGCGUUUCCAAGGGCACAGCAGCCGCUGCUAUCCCUCUGGAAUUGCAGUGUCUCCUUGUGGACAGUUUCUAGCCACUGGAUCAGAUGACAAAUGUGCUUACAUAUAUGAAAUGUGUUCAAGUACUUUUUCCCACAAACUGGGGGGACACACAGAAUCUGUCACCAAUGUCACUUUUAGUCCCUCAUCUCCACAGGUAGUGAAACUAUAUUGA